GCAUGCCAUUAGCAAUACUGCAAUAUGAGUGUUGAAAACGUUGCUCCAUCUUCCGGUUGCUCUACGGCAGUUACCAUUUUCUCCGUUUUCGGGAUUGUAUUUACCUUAUUGAAAGCCAAAUCACUUGCUCAAUUCCUCUACAACAAUUAUCUUGCUAAAGGAACGAAGCUUACUGUUUAUGGUGCCAAACAGGGUGCUUGGGCAGUUGUGACUGGCGCUACCGAUGGCAUUGGAAAGGAAUAUGCUAUUCAACUUGCUACUAGUGGAUUUAAUAUUGUUUUAGUUAGCCGUACUCAAGAGAAGUUGACUGCUUUGGCUCAGGAACUCGAAACCGUUGCUAAAAUUCAAACACGAACCAUCGCUUUAGAUUAUUCCAAAGCAAACAAGGUCUCUUUUGAAAAAGUUACUGAAGAAUUAAAAGACUUGCCUAUUACUGUUUUAAUUAAUAAUGUCGGCCAGUCCCACGUUAUGCCUACCAGCUUUGAAGAAACACCUGAGACGGAGAUGGACAACAUCAUGCAUAUCAACUGCUUCGGAACUCUUCAUACCACGAAAGCCAUCCUCCCCAUCAUGACUGAACAACGCCGCAAAGACAAGAAGGGCCCUCGUUGUUUGAUUUUAACUAUGGGCUCAUUCGCGGGUCUCAUUCCUUCCCCUUAUUUGAGUACAUAUGCCGGUUCUAAGGCAUUUUUAUCCAACUGGUCUGCAUCUAUGGCCGAAGAAGUUAAACCGGAAGGUAUUGACGUCUGGUGCUAUAACUCUUAUCUUGUUGUAUCAUCCAUGUCAAAGAUCCGUCGUCCCAACUUCACUACUCCUACUCCCAAAGCAUUUGUCCGUGAAGCCUUGGGCAGCAUCAAUGUCCAACGUGGUGGAAGCGCUCCUUAUAUCAGUCAACCUUAUCCUAGUCAUGCCAUUAUGAGCUGGUCUUUGGAAGAACUGCUUGGAAGUGUUAAAUAUUUAGUAGUAAACCAAGUUGCUGCAAUGCAUCUUGAUGUUCGCAAGCGUGCCUUAAAAAAGCAAGCUCGUAUUCAGCAAUCGGUCUCUACUCAAACUAGUGUCUAAUCAUUUACGAUAUCCUAAACGUUCUAUAUCUUGACGUUCUCAAUUAGAAUAUACAAUUCUUGUCAACGUACACAUAUACUAGUAACCCAGUCGUUUUACAAAAGUAACCUACUAAAAGAUUUGUAACUUGAUACUACCGUUGAAUUUCUAUAUGCACAAAAUUUGAUAUCUUUUAACAAGACACUUUAGCCAAA